AUGAACAGAGGUGAAGUAAGUUUCUUGUUGUACAUAAUGUGUUGUGUUAGGUUUAGCUUUUUUUUUGAGAUUAUGACUUGUUAUUUUGCAGUUUUGUUAUUAAAUUGGCUUAGUUUAUUUUGUUUUAGAGGAUCUAAAGAAAGUUUUCUGGGAAUCCUGGUUAGGAUCAUGUUGUUUUACAUGUUUAGAAGCACUUUUAUUUACUAAGGUAAUAUUGUGUUAGAAGCAUAUUUUUCAAUGUAGAAUCAGAUUAUUCAAUUAAUGUAUUAUUAGGCUUAUUUUCAGAAAUCGAAGGUCAACUUUGGCAAGAUUUACAACUUGGAGGACCUAAUCGGCGGAAACAAAGAUGAUGAAAAGCAAGACAAGGAGAACAAUAUCGACGAAAUAGCGCGACUUCUUGAGUAUGUUUUGGAGUUUUAUAUUUGGUAUUUUAAGUUUAGGAACAUCGAUUGGAUUUCCCCGGAAAAAAAGGAACGACGAAGAGAACGAGUUGAACCUUCAAAUUUUGCACGACAUGUUCCGGACCCUAUCAGAAGCUUCCAAGGCUACGAUGAGCUGAUCAGAACAAGUGGAUUCGAAGAUCGCCUUGGAGAAUUUGAAUUGGUUAGGCCCCUGACUGCCUUUCUCAGUGUGAUUGGGACCAAAGAUGGAAAUGAUGUAAGUUUAGAUGAGGUAGGGGGCAUUGAAAUAGUUUAGGAUUAGAGUUGGCAGUUAGGACUUAUAGUACUGAGUGUUCUUUACAAUACGGUUUAGAUUUCUUGAUCUUAUUAGUUAAUUUCAGAUAAGAGAGAGAAAAGUUCGAUUUUCGGCAGCAUUCGGCGAGGACAGCGUCAUCCGUUGGCACUGUGAAGACUUCAGCACUGGCGAGGAAGUUUUUUGUGUCCGCGCUGAGCGCUGCAUCACCGAACGCGUCUACUACAACUCGCGGAACUGGGAAAUGGGAUUCACGCUGCGUCAUACAAUGGUGCACCUCAACUUCAUUCAAAAACAAGAAUUUGACAAUGUGGCUUGGAAUUUGAGAAAUGUAAGUUAAUAUUUGACUUUUGUAGGUCUAGGAGUUUAAAAAGAGGAAUGGUCUUACAAAUUUUAGCUUUCUGUUUUGACUAGCUAUACAUGAAAGUUGAUAUUUUGUUGUGUCAAUAGUUAUUAAUAUUUUUUUAUUAAUCUAUUGAUUUCAGCAAUACCAUCAUCAAGGACACAAGGUUACCAUACACGGCAGAUCGUAG